UUUUAUUUUUUACGCCAGCUGUGUAACAGACAGACCAACAAGUCAUCGGGAAACCGACUAGUGAAAAACAUGAAGAGUCACGUGAUUUUGAAUCUGUGUGUGUUGGUGUGCUGUCUCGUCUACGCCUUGGCGGACAUGUCGGCGGCAUGGUCAAAAGCGUCAAGCAUGUGUCACUCUACCCCCAUCGCAUGCAUUGCGCUAGCCGAAAGUGCUUCUAUGCCGACAUCGGACGCUGAGUGGUGCACCUUGAUGAGGAUGACGAAAGAUGGCGUCACCGGUUACCAGUGUGGGGUGUCCAUUGGGUUUUGUACAGACCAGGAGUUCAUUGAACUCGAGAAGGCCGCAUGUGGAGGGACAACAAAAUCUCCGAGACAAUCAAGCAAUGCUAAAACAAUAUUUUAUAAUAAAAUCGCAACCAUCAACCCCAAUUGUCAGGUUAAAUUAUUGCAAUGUAUCGCUAACAACGUCGUGAGCACUGUUUUCAAACAACAGGAACAAUACUGUAAGCUUGUCAACAGCAGAUAUAUGGUAGAAUGUAUGGGGCUAGACUGUAUCAGAGGUCUCAACCAGACAGCCUGUGCCUCGCAUGAAUCGCAACCUUUUUCAGACGCCAUCGUGGGUACAGCACAUACUUGUCAAGACGCGCUACAAAAAUGUGCUCAUCGAAACCUAGCCACAGCCCUGAUCCGUGCUGGGAAGUACUGCGAUGCUAUGAAUUACUCUCAAGAUGGUAUCAAUAUUGCGGAUUGCUUAAAAGGAAACCAAUGCACUGUGACUGAGGUGGAUAAGUUGAGAACCGCGGCCUGUAGUAAUAGUGGCAGUGUUAGUGGUUCUAACAUCAUUAGUUCUCUUCUUGUCUUUAUCUUUGCUGUUUUGUCUCAAGUGUAGAAAAUCAACGGAGUUUUUUUUGUUUUUCAAUGUAUUAUUACACAGCUGCAUGAGACACCACCCUUCACUCUCUAAGUUUGCACAUUAUAUUAUAAAUAUAAGCUAUAUUGUAUACAAUAUGAAUAGAUCUAGAACAUAAUUGAUUGAACGUGAUUCUUACAUUGUAUGAAACACGACUUCCCAUAGAUUUAUAUAUAGGAAAUCGUACUAUUCGUUCCGAGAUCGAAUUUUCUAACAUACGCGAAACAAAAACUGCAAAGCAUGUUGGCCUAGUUAAAUAACC